CCCAGUCCGUGACAGAGUUGGGAGUGCUCCUCCGCCUGCCCGCCUGCGAGGGGCCACGGGGGCCUGGAGCUAGGGGAAAGAGUUGCAGGGCCGGUCCGUGUCCCUGUGAGGCUCUCCCCCGAAUCCCUGCUGUCUUAGGGCCUUGGAGGAGCACUGGCCGCCAAGGUCGCAGGCGUGGCUACGGCCGUACCUCCUGGUGGUGUAGUCGUCACUGUGCGUGUGGGUCUGCGUGAGAACUGGGUUCCGGAGCCUGGUCCCGGAAGGGCGGCGGAGCGGAGCUAGUGAGCCCAGGCCCGGCUCGUGAGGCGUCUGAGAGCGCGCCUGAAAGCGGUGGAACCGCUCCGCCCCGGGCGGCAGCGCUUCGCGCCCGGGCGGGAGUCCGGGUUUGAUAGCCCUGCUCUGGGCCCUGCGGGUCGGCUGGGCGUCACCGCGCGGAGUGGGAAGGCCUGAUGUUACCCAGCUUACCAGCGUCCUCCCUGCUCCCUGAACUGUAGGGAGGACCACAGGGCUGCGGCCGCAGGACAGUGAUUUGGACCUAGUGAAAGGACGUCGCCCCUUAGCCCCAGCUAUGGACUCCACAGCAUCAGGUUUGGCUCUCGAGGGUGCAGAGGACCGGCAGCCCUUCUGGGGAGUUAGUAGUGGGCCGAGGAGGAGGACGACCCUAGGAAGAAGCCGGGGAAUCCACUGAUGGGGCAGAGCCUGCAACCGUCUUCCCUGUGGCAUUUCCUAAUUCGCCAGGCCCAGGAGCAUGGAGUCCCAGUAUCCAGACGCCAUGUUCUCCCCUCUCAGGACUCUGCUCUUCCUCCAGAGAGAUACCCAGGAGAAAAGGGAACAACCAGUUUAUUCCUGAAAGCCAGGCCCCAGGAUCUGAUGACAUUUGAGGAUGUAGCUGUGGAAUUCACCCAGUGGGAAUGGGGGCAGUUGGACCUUGCUCAAAAGGACCUAUACAGGGCAGUGAUGCUGGAGAACUUCAAGAACCUGGCCUCUCUGGGGCUUCCGGUGUCUAAACCAUAUGUGAUCUCCCAGAUGGAGGAAGGGAAAGAGCCCUAUGUGUUAGAGGGAGAAAUCUCAACAGACUGGGAGAAAAGGCCUAAAGCCAAGGAAUCAAUACUAAAUCAGGGAAUUUCCAAAGAAGAAUUACUCCAGAUAGCAUCAGUGGAAAAACAUGUCAGAGAUGAACUCUGCUUCUGCAAACUGAAAGUAACCUAUGGUUGUGAUGACCAAUUAGAAAUACAUCCAAAAAACCAGGAGAGACAUCUGAAAGAAAUGUCAAUCACUCACAGAUCUACCACCCUUAAGAUAGAUCAUGAACGGAGUGAAUUUGGGAGAAGUUUAGGCUUAAGAUCAGUCCUAGUUAACCAACACAGUGUUCCUAUAGGAGAAGGAUCCUAUAAAUGUGAUACAGAAUUCAGACAGACUUCAGGGAGAAAUAACUCCCAGAGAACCCAUUCAGGAAAGAAACCUUGUAAAUGUAAUGAAUGUGGGAAGUCUUUCCAUUUCCAGUCAGAACUUAGGCGCCACCAGAGAUGUCACACUGGAGAAAAGCCCUAUGAAUGCAGUGAAUGUAGAAGAGCCUUUGGUCAUAUUUCAUCCCUUAUUAAACAUCAGAGAACUCAUACUGGAGAAAAGCCCUAUGAAUGCAGUGAAUGUGGGAGAGCCUUCAGCCAGAGUUCAUCUCUUGUUUUACAUUAUAGAUUUCAUACUGGAGAAAAACCUUACAAAUGUAAUGAAUGUGGAAGAGCCUUUGGACAUACUUCGUCUCUUAUUAAACAUCAGAGAACUCAUACUGGAGAAAAGCCCUAUGAAUGCAGGGAAUGCGGGAGAACCUUCAGUCAGAGUUCCUCUCUCAUCGUACAUUAUAGAUUUCAUACUGGAGAGAAACCUUACAAAUGUAAUAAAUGUGGGAGAGCCUUCAGCCAAAGUUCAUCUCUCACUCAACAUUAUAGAUUUCAUACUGGAGAGAAACCCUACAAAUGUAAUGAAUGUGGGAGAGCCUUUGCUCAUACUGCAUCCCUUAUUAAACAUCAGAAAAGUCACGCUGGAAAAAAAGCCGUAUGAAUUCAGUGAAUGUAGGAAGGCUUUCAGCUGGAAUACACACAAUAUUCACAUGACACACACUGGAGAGAGAUCCUAUAUGUGUAAUGUAUGUAGGAAGACUUUUGGUUGGAAGACCUAUCUUGUUCAACAUCAGACAGUACAUGGUAAAGAGAAGCUCUAUCGAUGUCAAGAGAGAAGGUGGGCUUUCAGUCACACCUCGCCUCUUAUCAAACACCAGAGGUUCCAUAUUAGUGAGAAACCAAGUAAAUGUGAUUGAUUUGGAAAGGCUUUUGUCAGAGGACACAAAUUAUUCAACAUAAGACAGUUUCUACUGGCAAGAAGGCUUAUCAAUGCAAUGAGUAUGACACAGCCUUCAGUCACAUACUGUUCAGUAAGUAAAUACCAGAUAACUCAAGUGUGGUAAAAGCCAUCUGUAAUACUUCUUCCCUUACUAAGCACCAAGAACACAUAUAAAAGAGAAGUCCUCUGAAAGCAAUAAAUGUGGGAAGGCCUUCUAUUAGAGCUCAUCUCUUAAUAAACAUCAGAGAAUUUAUUGAGAAAAACACUAUGGAAAUAGUGAAUGUGGGAGAGCCUUCAGCCAAACCUCUUUCCUUUAUAAAUAUCAGUAAACUCACCUUGCUAGUUAGAAGCCCUGGGAAUGUAAUGCUGUGGAAAAGCCUUUGGCCGAUGUUCCACUCAUUUUGCACAUCAGAUAAUGUGUCCUAGAGUGACUUUUUGAAUUUGGUGAAACUGGGAAAACCCACUAGUAUAGUUCAGGCCUCAGCAUACAUUGAGGCUUCACUCCAAAGAGAAACCCUGGAAACUUAAUGAAUGUGGGGAAAGUUCCUUUCAGACUUGGGAUUCAUAAAACAAGAGCUGAAGGGAAUCUGAAAAAUCAAAUCUGGUGGUUUUCUUCCUGGUGGGGGCUCUCUAUAUCUGCACUAUGCUUCGCCUCCCUGUCCCGUUACUAAUGGGAGCAGAGGUGUUAUUGUGUAGGUGAAGAGAAUGUAAGCUGAGCUAGGUAGAGAGCCACCACUGAUUUAGCCAGACCCUAUCUUAGGGCUAAGGAAACUGAUCUGAAAAUGCCAUGCACUAGGCUGGGCCUCUUUUUCUUCUGGUUCACAGCUGUGGUUUUGAGAUUGAGAGACUGAAGUUCUUCCUGUACAAAACCCCCCAUGCACUGGAGUAGUAUUUUUAAAGUUUGAGCAAAAAGCAAUUUUUAUUAGAUCUUCAUGCUACGAGAUUUGGGAUUUUUGAAAUAAAAUCUUUUUAAACAUUAAAAUCAUUAAAAUGUGGGUAUUGUAUGAAAAAAAAUCAAAACUUCAAAAACAUUAUUCUAAGUGAAAGCCAGGUGCCAGGCACCAUUCUAUUUAUAGUAGAUGUUCAGAAAUGGCAAAUCCUCAGAGGCAAAGUGGAUUAGUGGUUGCCUGCUGCCGGGAAAGGCAACUGGGAGUAAAUGCAAAUGUUACAAGGAAUUUUACUGGGGUGAUGCAAAUGUCCUAAAACUGGAUUAUGGUGAUGGUUGAACAACUUAGUAAAUUUACUAAAAAUUACUGCAUUGUGCACACAAAAUGGGUGAAAUUUAUGGUAUGUAAAUUACACCUCAGUAAAAAUUUUUAAAAAAAAAAUACCAAAUAUACAGAUAUACCAACUAUUGCUAAACUACUUUUCCUAUCUUGUCUGGUAACUUCAAGCCAUCUGCAUGUCUUUAUUUUCUGUAAGAGUUAACCCUAAGCUUACUGGAUCUCAAUUUCCUAUCAUGAUGCAUCUGAAAUUUAUGUGGAGAAGCCAGGAGUAGGAGCCAGCAGAGAGCAGGAGAGCCUUGACUAAAAAGAUUAGCUUGUACUAAAGACAGUCCUUCACGCAUUUUAGGUCCAGAUGAGGAAGCUGAGCCUAGACUUCAGGGAUUCAGUUCAAAGUGGGUCCAUGCAGACAGGCAGAAUCUAGGGGCCCAGCCGGUUGGCUAAGGCAGGUGCAGGCAGAAAGGAUGAACAGGAGGCAUCUGACAGCUGAGAUCAGAAUUCCAGUCCAGGAACCUAGAAAUCAUGGGGAUUUCCUUCCAGAGAGCCAAAGUUCACAGGAGAGAAAUAGCAAAUUUCUUAUAUUAGUAAUAGCUUGGUUUGUUCUGUCUUACCUUUUAUCCCAGUACCCUUUCUAACCCCAACCUAAGUCACUUUAUAUACCUGGACACCUGCAACUUUGUAGCUGAUCUUUGCUUAACAUCUAUCUUUCUUGUGUAUCUUUGCCAUGGUAACCAUUUUUUAUCAGUUUGUACCCACUGCCCUGUCUGAAAGCCUUUGUACUGCCUACAAGAUAAAUCCUCACUCCUCAAUUUGGCAUUUAAUGCCCACUCCACUCUGCCUUAACCUCCUGCUGCUCCUGACAAGAACCUCUAUUACAGACAAACUAAUUUGCUUGCCAUACCUCAGACAUACCUUCAGACUCCCCUGCCUGUUCCACCAGCCUGGAAUGCCCUCUCCACUUCUCUGAAGCCUAAUAAUUAGAACCCUGUUCAAAUACCCUCUCAUCAGGGAAGAAUUCUCUUGAACACUGAUGUGAAGUCAUAACUGAUUUGCAAUUAUAAAAGCAUUUGUGUUUGCUUAAGGUUUUUAAAAAUGAAAGAUGUCUUGGGAUAGUUCUUAUUACUGUCUUGAUCUAGUUAAAUCAUUUGUUUAUCAGCUUGCCACUUUCUUGUCUCCUGAACCAGAUUAUCAGCUGCUUCAGAUAAUUUCUCAUACUUCCUCUCAGAAAUGAGCAGACAGUAGGUACUUACUAACCAUGUGUUAAUUUGGGAAAAACUUGUAUUGCCCAUGUUUUCUCACUGCUUCUGACUUCACAC